AACCAAGGGAAAAGAAACGAGCCUACGUGGCCAGGAAUGCGCGCAGUCACUGGCGUCGCGUAGCAUCUUCUGAGUGGAUAACGAAUCAAACCCAACUGGAAGAAGAAUGGACAGCGAGCUAUCGGUUGAGCAGCUUUCAGAGAUAAGCUCUCACCACACUUUAAAACCUUCUAACAAAUGGCGACUCUUUCUCUUUCGCUUCCAAUGUCUCGCACAACAGCGGAAUCGUCUCUUCGUCUUCAGUUGUUCCCUAAAAGGCAGCUCCUUGCACUUCAUCACCACCCUCGCGCCAAAUUCACUUGCUGCUCGUCUUCUUCUGGGAAUAAUGGAGUGGGUUCGAGAUCGGGAGAAAGCCCAAGGCUUUUUGGGUUGAAACAAGUGAAUUGUGUGGCUUGUGGGAUUCUUGCUGCUCUGGCUGUCACCGCUGGUGUUGCCUCUCCUGUAAUUGCUGCGAAUCAGGUUGCUUCUCUAAUUCCCAGCUCUGAACCAUAUAUUGGCCCUUGUCCUUGUUAGUCUUGCUGAUUUAUUUAGCGAUUAAGCCCCUAGUUUGUGGUUAAAUGUAUCAAUGAGUUUGGAACCUGGGGUAAAAGCUCUGGUAGACGAAUUCAGUGGGUUUACUUACUGCAUUUGGAAACUGGAUUCAGUUGAUGCUGCAGCUCUAGGGUUUUUGUUUGAUUGGUGUUGCUGAUUUACCGAUUUCGCUUUGACGAGAGAUGGGUAGAAGAGUAAGGAUUGAGUGGUUGUUGAAUUGAGGAAAAAGGAAUGGUUGGGAACUCCUAAGCUAUGAUGUUGUCAAAAGGGGAUGGAUUACAACUUACAACCUUCCCUCCAGUCCUAACGCUUCCCUUAAGUUAAUUUCUGCCAGUAGUCCUACAAUGUAUUUAUUUGAAUCCUUUUGAGUCUAUCUUUAUGAGGCCGGGUUUGCUUGUAUUGCUAGUGAUCCUGCUCUCGUAGUUUCACACCAUCACUGCAAUGCGUUGUUUGUAAUGUGUUAUGCAGAGGCUACCUCCACUGUCGACAGAACCCAACAGAUGCGAGAAGGCGUACGUUGGGAACACGAUUGGUCAAGCAAACGGUGUUUAUGACAAGCCGAUCGAUCUUAGGUUCUGUGAUUACAGUAACGACAAGUCCAAUCUUAAGGGGAAGUCACUUGCUGCAGCCCUAAUGUCGGAUGCUAAGUUUGAUGGUGCCGACAUGACAGAAGUGGUCAUGUCCAAGGCUUAUGCUGUUGGAGCUAGUUUCCAAGGUGUGGACUUCUCGAACGCUGUUCUGGACCGUGUGAACUUUGGUAAGGCCAACCUGAAAGGAGCUGUGUUCAGGAACACGGUGCUAUCGGGUUCCACGUUCGAGGAAGCUGAACUGGGCGACGUUGUGUUUGAGGACACCAUCAUAGGUUACAUUGACUUGCAGAAACUCUGUAGGAACACGUCGAUUACCCCUGAUGGAAGGCUUGAAUUGGGAUGUCGAUGAAACUUGCUCGUUUUCUACACUCUCAACACUGUUUUGUUGUACCUAUUUAUUCAAGAGUAAAUGUGAGUUCCUCAAUUCAGGCGGAGGCAACAAUAGUACAUCUAUGGUAUAUGAAAGUCAUUGAUUCAUUUGAAUACAGGGACAUGAAACUGGGUUUGUACAGGUUAUUUAGCUAGAUGCAGACCACAUUAACAUCAAGGCGCAUCUAGUGUAGUGGUAUCAUAGUACCCUCCCACGGUACUGACCGGGGUUCGAUUCCCCGGAUGCGCAGUCGAUUUUUUAUCAUUCCAGAUGCGAUUUUACAUUAGUAUCGAUUUUACAUUAAAAUUUGUUUGCUUGAUUUGUACCGUACUAUCAGGAGCGGAUGCAUGUUAUUCAG